CGUAACACCUUUAGUUUCCGCGCGGAAGUCCGAAGUUCCAAGAUGGAGCCGAAUGAGGCCGUGAAGGCAGCGUUGUCCCACAAAAACAAGUUCAAACUUCUGCUGGUCGGCGGGGCAGCCGCCGUCGCCGCCGCGGUGGUGGCUCUUGGUGUCGGAUACAAAUACUGGCGGAAGCCGGAGACGCGUGUGCGUGUGGGAGUCGUGUCGCAGCUCCUCGUCCACCCGCUCAAGUCCGGCAAGGCGGUGUCGGUGCCGCUCGCCGAGUGCCUCACGAAGGGCCUCAAGUGCGGGCAGAUGCAGGACCGUCACUGGUUGGUGGUGACGGAGGACGGCCACAUGGUGACCGGUCGGCAGGAGCCUCGUCUGGUCCUGGUGUCAUUGACGUGCGAGGGAGGUCAAGCGUGCCUGAACGGGCCCGACAUGACCGAGAUGCGUUUCCCCAUCAGGCAGCCCGACAACGCCGUCAUGGACUGCAGAGUGUUUGGCGCUGACAUUCAAGGGCGGGACUGCGGCGACGAAGCGUCCCGUUGGUUGGUCCGCUAUCUGAAGGGGGAGAAGACCUUUCGCCUGGUGCACUUUGAACCUCACAUGAGGGCCAGGAGGGCGGUGGACGCAGAACCUCUCUUCUCUCCGAACGAGGAGGUGGUGUACCCCGACUGUGGUCCGGUCAUGCUGCUGUCCGAGGCGUCCGUCAAGCACCUGAGCGGCAAGCUGGACAAGGACUUGACUGUGGAGCGAUUCCGGCCCAACAUCGUCAUCGGCGACUGCGAGGCGUAUGACGAAGAUUCAUGGGAAGAGAUUCAGAUUGGCAGCGUACGUCUGCGGCGAGUGAUGUCAUGUGGGAGGUGCAUUUUCACCACGGUGGACCCCGAAACUGGAAUCAUCAACAGGAAAGAGCCUCUUGAAACACUGAAGAGCUCUUAUAUAGCACAUCUUGAGACCGAAGAAACUGUCCACUACCGGCUGUGCAAACCCGACGAGAAGCACAUCUACAAGUCGGCGCCGCUGUUUGGACAGCUGCUAAGCGUGGAAAAGACGGGCGUGAUGCAGGUGGGCGAUGACGUCUUCAAGAUCAGCCGCUGAUGGAAAAAGCACUUAAGUAAUCACGGAAGAGCACUAAAUAUAUAUAUUUUUUAAAUCACAAGAUUAUACAUUACUGUGACUACUUCAUGAAAUAUGUCUAUUAAAGUUAAAUUGUUUAAUAUAGAGGAAAAUAAACACAUUUGCAAUA